UUUAAUUAUUGAGAUUACCAAGGCUUUUUUUAAAGUACAUAUACUUAUAUUCACAUAUACUACUUACAUUAUUACACAUAACUUUAUUUAUGGAUGUCUAUGCUCUGAUUUCUUUUCGUGUGUGGAUUGCAUGGGUUUUUACCAACGUCUGAUGAAAACUUCACCUCAAUAUACCCUUUAGAAAUAUAUCUACUAAGAAAAAUGGUUUUGUGAUCAAUGCUUAUUUUACCCGCUGUGUAUUGCUGAAUAUUACUGGUCCAGUGUGAAAAUUUUGAAUGGUUUCAGUUUUAUUUUUGCAGGAUUGUGGGGACCGUAUGAGGAAGCAGGUAACAGGACUUACGCUGGGCAUGUGAUCUAAGGCUUUACUAGAAUAUCAGCAGUGCCACUGAGUUACUGUAGACAUAUCUUUAGUGGUAUAGAGUUUGUUGUUUGGAGCUAAAAUGUAUGUGUGGUGAUAAUAAAGGCCUCUUCUUACUGGUAAGGUGCUGAAGUAGGCCAGAGUGGUGUGGGAGCAAAUCCAUGGUUUCCAUGGAUUCCAGCAAAUGGUCAAACAACUCCUCAUCAAGAGAAACCAAAGGGACAUAAAAUUCACCCUGCAUGUCCAGACAUUGGCCUAGGGCAGUGCUAGCAAUGAACUGGUACUCAAGGCACCAGGGUCGUCAAGGGUUGAACACGAAAAUCCUAACCCAGGUGUUUACCAAGUUACCCUUGAUUCCCUUAUCAACAUGUCCAUUUGUCUUGUUAUGCUGAGGAACUGAGGAGGAAUCUGAGCCGCAGCCAUCCCAGUUCCCAAAGUCCACCCAUGUGGCAGUCCUCAGGACACUGGGACGGCUGCCGUUCAGAUUCCUCCUCGCUUUCUCAGCUGCUCUGUUUCCUUCUUGAUUUAUGGUACGGAUCUCUUUGAGGAAUGAGUCCACUUCUGGUCAAUUUCUAAUGUGUCAUAAUGUCUAACUUGCAUCAUCUUCAACACCUGCAGUAUUCCUUUGCCUAUUAUGAUGUGAUGGGGAAGUUGUUUUCAUCAUUGCAUGUCAAGCGGGUUUAGACUAUGUUGCUCUCUAACCACUUCUCUGUCAAAGGAGAGAAUUGUGAGGUUCAUGUGAUGAGAGUGGGCUCAUAACAACUCAGCAUGCACUGAAUCCUCCAACUCCUACAUGGGAAAUACUGGUGGCCUCAUAUGCUCCACAAAUUCAUUACCUCAUGCUCCACUUGCACUCAAGUCAAAAAUACCUCCUACCCUCCCUGCUGGGGAACCCCUUCCUCUACCCAUGCAUCAGACCCCGCUCACAGCUGACCUUUUUAUCACAGAUCUUCCUACGUCACAGAACAUUACAGUUAUCGUGGUUAUCGUUGGUGAUUUCUACAAAUCAUGAUGCCUGAUUCUCUUACCAGCAGAACUACUCUUUAACAACGUCUUCAGGUACUUGGCACCACAUGAGUGAUAUGGGUAUGUGGUAGCUUAGUGGCUAAGAUGCUGUGCUACUGAUCGGCAGAGUUUGAAUCCCCGGUCCACCACCUACUGCUGGGCCCCUGAGCAAGGCCCUUAACCCACAAUUGCUCUCAUUUUUGUAUAAAAAAUGAGAUUAAAUGUAAGUCAUUCUGGAAAAGGGCGUCUGCCAAAAUGCCAGAAAUGUAAACGGAGGAGUUCAAUAUCUAGGGAGAUUCAUGUAGAACCCUGGUGUUGCUCUGAUAUUAUCACCAGGUUACCACCCCCAAGCUAAUGGACAGGAAGAAAGAGCUAGCCAGAAGAUCGGGCAUUUUAUACGAAGGUUCUGUAAAGGGUGACCAGUCAGGAAGAUUGGUCAUAGUUCCUUCUUUUGAGUAUGCACUCAAUUUGCACUCAACAACCAAUCAAACCCCCUUCCAGUGAUCUAGGAUACCAUUCCAAUGGGAUAUCUCACUCGCUGUAGACAAAUGGAUCACACAUUUCUGUCUUUGCUCCUAUUAAAAGAAUGUAUUAGUAUUACUAGUAAUAUUGUACAGUAGAGUUUAUAAUAAUAUAGUAAUACAGUGUUGUACCAAACCAGACAAGUGGGUUCCUGGAACCUUCUACCCUCGGGCCUGUAGAGCACUGUGUACCUGUAAUCCCAUGUAUUUGUAAUAAUAUGAGUUUUUUUUUUAUUGUUGUCACUAGAUUAUAACAGACCAGACUCUCGCUCGAUCCCUGAUACUGAGCGACCUGAUCCAGGAAAUGGACCGGUCCUUUUUGCAAUCCGGUGUGUGCCCUUCAUCACCUUACUCCUGGCUGUGUGCUAUCUUAACAGAGAUUACAAAAAGAGCAAACGGAUAAAAUCAGGAAGACGAAGAGCAGAAGAGCAAAACCUACUCAUGGAGGAGGAGAGAGAAGAAACAGAGCAAGAACAAGAAACAGAAGAGAGGGAUGAACAAACGGGAAAAGAAGAAAAAAUGGAGAUGGUGAAUGAGUUAACAGGAAAAGAAAGAGGAAUGGAAGGGAGAGAUGAACAAACAGGACAAGAAAGGCAAGUGGAAGAGAGGGACAAACAACAGGAACAAACAAGAGAAGCGAGAGAGAGGGAUGAACAAACAGGACAAAGAAAAGGGAGAGAGAAGGAUGAACAAAUGGGAAAAGAUGGAAAAUUGGAGAUGGUGAGUGAGUUAACAGAAAAAGAAAGAGGGAUGGAAGAGAGAGAUGAAGACUCCGGACAAAGAAGAGAAAUGGAACAAAGGGAUGAAGAAAAAGGACGAAGAAAAGAAGUAAGAGAGAGGGAUGAACAAACAGGGCAAGAAGAAAAAGUGGAGAUGGUGAAUGAGUUAACAGGAAAAGAAGGAGGGAGGGAAGACUGGAAUGAAAAAUCUGGACAAAGAAGAGAAAUGCAAGAGAGGGAUGAACAAACAGGACAAGAAAGGCAAGUGGAAGAGAGGGAUGAACAAACAGGACGAAGAAAAGAAGUAAGAGAGAGGGAUGAACAAACAGGACAAGAAGGAAAAGUGGAGAUGGUGAAUGAGUUAACAGGAAAAGAAGGAGGGAGGGAAGACAGGAAUGAAAAAUCUGGACAAAGAAGAGAAAUGCAAGAGAGGGAUGAACAAACAGGACAACAAAAAAGAGUGGAAGAAAGGGAUGAAGAAUCAGGACAAAGAAGUGAAUUAGAGGGAAUAGUGGAGAUGGUGAACGAAUUAGCAGAAAAAGUAGAAGAGAGGGAUGAACAACUGGAACAAAGAAGAGAGGCAGAAGAGACAGAUGAGGAAUCAGGAAAAGAAAGAGAAGUGGAAUUGACUAGAAUAUAGACUAGAAUUUUACCUUGUUGUGUGUGUGUGUGUGUGUGUGUGUGUGUGUGUGUAUAUAUAUAUAUAUAUCAGUGGCAUUUCACUCCUAGGCCUUCACUGGUGUCCUUCCUGAAUUAAUCCACCUCUAUACCAUCAUUAUGACGCCCCCAUGGGCGUGGCUAGGCCAUUUUUUACUCAGCCUGCCUAAAAUUCUGCCGUUCUCCAUAAACUCUACACAAAUUAAUGAUCUCCUCAGUCCCCUUUAAAUUUCAUAUGAAAACGGCGGCUCUUCGGCUCCUCCCCGUCUUUCAGCGCGUUCUUCAAUCCACAGACCGCGGCAUCACAGAGCAAGGAUCAGAGGACAAGUGUGUGUGUGUGUGUGUGUAUGUGUGUGUGUGUGUGUGAGUAUGUGUGUAUGUGUGUGUGUGUGUGACUAUGUGUGUGACUAUGUGUGUGUGUGUGUGUGCGUGUGAGUAUGUGUGUAUGUGUGUGUGUGUGUGAGUAUGUGUGUGUGUGUGUGUGUGCGUGUGAGUAUGUGUGUAUGUGUGUGUGUGUGUGUGUGUGUGUGAGUAUGUGUGUGUGUGUGUGUGACUAUGUGUGUAUGUGUGUGUGUGUGUGUGAGUAUGUGUGUGUGUGUGUGU